AUGCUGAGAGAUUUAGUUCGCGAGCUCGAAAUGCCCAAUGUCACUGUCAUCUCUCGCUACCGAGUGAAUCGCGGGGGUGUUAGCACUCUCACGGCCUGGCUGGGGGGGAUGUCUUGGCUUUUGGAGCAUGUGAGCGAAUGGGACUACUACAUCAACCUCAAUGAUUCGGACUAUCCGGUGGCCAAGUUGGAAUCGUUGCAGCGGUUCUUGUGGCUAAACCAGGGGGCGAACUUCAUCAACGUGGGCUCAGCUUACAAGGACUGUGACUGCGGGCGGUACCUGGUCUUUGAGUGCAAGGAUGAGUUGUACUCUAUCGCUCCAGAGCUGCAGUACCCUCGCCGGCCACAGCUGCAGCAUGCCUCCGGGCCCAACCUGGUGGCAAUCACCAAAGAUAUGGCCAUGUAUAUUGAUCGGAAUCGGAACAUCCCUGGCACGGCAGUGCAGAAUGUGCUUGAAGAUCUUAGCAUUCUUCAGCAACCUGAUGAGAAGUUCUUCCAGAUCCUUGGCCUGAAUGAGCCCCUUCUGCCGCCGCCACGUGCGCUGGGGCUUCCACAUCUGGGACCGGCCCAACCUGGCGCCCGACGCUGCGAGCCCGGAGGUGGCGGGACCGGAGCUGAAGAUGCUCACGCCACCCUUACUGUCGCAAAGCUUCUUCCAACGCCUUGUUGA